GCUGACUAAACAACCCCACCUGUGGAUUCAGCCAGAAAGGGCAGAGAAAAAGAGAAAGCAAGAAAACCGGACCGGCGAUAAGAGAUCUCUUCACGCACUAGAAGAUCAAGAUAAAGGCAAGACAGACAACAGAAUCUCCGGCGAAGCCCUUCUAAUUGGAAAAAUAUUUGACUUGUUAUCGACCAUAAAGAAGUUCCAGUGUCACUUCGAUAUCUUACCUUGCAAGGGUGAGCUGUUUGCCUGGCUGAUUUAAACUCGAAAUAGUAGAUGUAAUCUCUAUGCAACUGCUUCGCGUUGUGGUUUCCUCACAACCUCUAGAUUUCAUGCAAGCUCAUUAGAUAGGUCUUCCUGUAUAUGAGUGAUUAUGGGGUCAGUUUGCUGUGUUGCUGCUAGAGAUGGAACUGGCCCAAAUAGAACUGGAACUGAAACUUCACAUGGGAACAUCACAUGCUCACCAACAUGGAGCUUUCGUGGGGAUCAUCAAAGGUGUGUGACUGGUGAAAUUGAGGAUUCUUCAUACCAAGUGUCUCAAGAAGUCAGCACAAACACAAGCAGGGUGAUAAAAGGAGUAUUAGGUUCUGAAAGGGGUAAUCUUUCUGAUGGGGGAAACCUUGAGAAUUUCAGAACACCAAUCUCUUGUAAAUCACUGGUUAAUGGUGAAAGGGAUGCAAAUUGUAUUUCGCUACCAUCUGACAUACCCAUGGCAAGCAAUCAUUCAGCAGAAUUGGGAUCCACGGCUAGUAAUUUUCCUGUGGAGGUGAAGAACAUGGAAGAAUCACCAAAUAUUGCUGAUACAUCAACACAGAAGCUUUCAUUUUCCAUACCUUCAUCAUUCUCAACACCAAUAACUGAUCCUUUAUGUACCCAUCCUCAUCCACUUCCUCCUAGUUCAACUCCAUCUAGAAGGGCUCGCAGAUCACCUGGCCACAGGCUGUUGAGACAGGUUUCUGACAGUCGAAUCUUAGGAUUGAAAUCACCUAAUAAUUACCCAGUAUCUGAAGGAGGGUCUUCUGUCAUACUUUCCAUGUGCAGCAAUGACUUAACUGCUGGAUCCUAUGGUGGCUCUUCUGAUGGGUGGUCCAUGCGCACUUUUUCUGAGCUUGUGGCCUCUUCACAAAGAGAGAGGUGUUCUUUUGACAGUGAACAUCUGGGCUCUGGUCAUGGCAAUAUAAGUGGAUCCAGCAGUAGGUUCUCAUGUUCACCCUCCAUUGAUCUGCAAACUUGUGGUGCAUGCUCAAAGCUUUUGACAGAGAAAUCUUCAUGGUGUAGCCAGAGAAUUGCUGCACACAAUGAACUCUCAGUGGUUUCUGUGCUUGUUUGUGGACAUGUUUACCAUGCUGAGUGCUUGGAGGUUAUGACUGCAGACACUGAUAGAUAUGACCCAACUUGCCCAAUAUGUAUGGUUGGAGAGAAGCAAGUCUCAAAGAUGUCUAGAAAAGCUUUAAAAGCAGAAGCAGAACUAAAGAAAAAGUUCCAUAGGAUAUCUAGAAACAGAGUUGUGGAUAGUUAUCUUGAUGGUGAAUCAGAGGAUUUUGAUUACCAAAAAGAUGUCAAGCAAGAUGGAGAAUUUCCCAAGGCAGAAGCCAGUUCUAGUGCAAGGAGCUCCUCUGCAAAGCCUUUUUUGCGACGAUAUUUCUCUCUUGGGUCAAAGUGGAACAGAUCACUAGCAGAGAAAGAUUCAGUCCAGAAGAAGAGCUUUUGGGGCAGUUACAGGAAAAAUUGAGUUACUCUAAACUGGUACUAGGAUUUCCCAGAAACGCUAGUGCUACGAUUACUAUGUGAACCUUCUGGCAGGCUGCCAUUAGCCAGUCUGGCUAUGAUGCAUUUGAUAGCUGAAAUCCUGGAUUCCUUAAUAUUAUAGAUUCCUCCUUUCCUUUUUAUGGUAAUCCUAUGACAGGCUUCUGUAGGAUACUCGUCAGUCGUCAUUGACCCACAUGAAUACUCGAGUUGAGUUCUAAUUGAACCCUUUUUUACAGCCAGUUGUUCUAGUAGCUGAGCAGAAAAAUAUGGUGCAACUUUUGGGGCUUCCAGGAAUAAAAUGAAUGUUAUUGUGGGUUUUUGGUAGUAAUUAUGUCCCUCUUUUUUUUCAGUUGUAGAAGACACUGGACCAAUAAAAUUACGUGUAUAAUUUAUGUGUACAAACAAUUGACAUGUGAUAAUAUAAUUGAAUGAUGUUUUAUUUCUAA